AAACGAAGGCGAGGCGGAAAUUAAGCGUUUUCAGAGACGGAGCUAGCCGACAAUUGACGGAAGUUCCCGAACACUCGGAAUUCACUGACCGCGUGUGCCCGACGAUGGAAGCUGAAGAUUCGCGUCCCCCUCCCGACCCUUGCUGUGGGCUGUGCCUGGCCAAGAGAGCUCCUUACACCUGCCCGCGCUGCCACCUGCGUUUUUGCUCCGUGCCUUGCUACCGGGAACACGGCUCCUGCGCCCAGGACUUCCACCACCGGGAACUACAAAUCCGGCUCCAGGGCCAGCGGGAGGACCCGGCCUCUCAACGCCGCUUAAGGCAGGCCCUUCUCAGGCUGCAUGAGCUACGUGAGCCCGGGGAUGCGGAUCCCCAGCUAGGCCUCGAUCCCAAUUUGGACCAGGCGGAGUCCGAAGCGCUGUGGGAGCAACUCAGCCCGGACCAAAGAAAGCGUUUCCAGCGGUUGCUGAACAGCGGGGAGAUCUCGGCUCUCUUGCCCCCUUGGAAGCCUUGGUGGACGGGGCGCAGCUGUGGGGCAGCGCUGAUUCAGGAACUAGGGCCAGAGACCCUCCCAAUUCCUUUGCAGCAACAGCAGUCCCCUCAUGGCUCCUUAGCCUUGCAACAGCCUCAGCCUCCGGAGCCUUUGCAGGAGAUCUCCGGCAGCACCCAGAGCCCUGCACAGCCGGCGGAUGCCUCAAGCUCCGUGCCUCCGGUGCCCGCCGUCAUUCCCCCCUUGAGCAGCCUAACGCGGGUGCCCGUCUCGCCCCUGGUUCGCUUCCAGUUGCCCAACGUGCUGUACGCUUAUGCCUAUGCCCUGGCGCUUUACAACGGCGAGGUGGAGGAGGCCCAGCUGCUCCCAGAAUUUUGUGAAACGGUUCUGGACCUCUCGGGUGCUUUGGGAGCCAAGCAGGGCUUCGGGUCCACGGCAGAGGCCCUGCAAGCGGCCCUGCAAGCAAUAACCGUGGGGCGAUACCCCGAAUGCCUAUUGGGGAAUGGCGGGGUGAUGGCAUCGGUGGCCCAGAUCUUAAUGGGGGAAUGCCAAGCCAAGCAAAAGGGGUAUAGCUUGGCAGCCCUCGCCCACCUCUCCCGGUUGCUGAGCAAGGGGAAGAGGCAGGUGCCUGCUGAGGAUCAACCCAGGCUGUACGCAGCAAAGAAAAAGUGCGACUUUAUUUUGUCCUGGGUGAACGAUAAUGAAGGGGCGUUAACCCUCCUGGCCUUGGAGGUGCAAAGAGAAUACAAGGCCCAUCUGGACACCAUCAGGGAGGUGGGAGCUGUCACCCAGGAACUGGAGAAGAUGUGGGGGGCCAAAGUGCCUCCACCCAAAAAGACCUUGAUAGAAGAAUUGGACUGAAGGGCGAGACUGGAGGAGUCUUGGAAUUGGGACACCAGCUGGUCUUGUGUGGAGAGAUGGUUCUCCCUUCUGGAAACCUGCAGGAUUAGGACUUCAGCCAGAAACGGACUCAGUGCCCUGUGGAUGGGACUGAAUUCAGGAUUAGUCACAAGCAGCACAGAAGUCCAAGUGGAAUGGAUUAGCACCCUUUCUCGCAGGGGAGAGAAUACCUUGAAAGAGUUUUGAGAGAUGUGGGGUUUUGAGAGCUGUGGGGAGGAGGGUUGUAAUAAAAUAUCAGCUUGCUUGCCAUGCCA